CACACAGUACUCAUUAGUUUCCUUUCUCGGGAGAGUGAAGAUUUAGAUCCAAAUUUUGCCGUGAAAUUUUUUCUACUUCCUUCUUCUUACAUCUUUUGCUUCCAAUUGUUACAUUCCCUCUUUCUCUGUAGAUUAAUCCCAGUUUUUCUGGAAAUAUUUUUCCUUUUGUUUUAUUUUCCUGGAAAAUCCUCCAUAUUUACUGCCUCUUCUCUUUUCCAGGCAUUUUUUUUCAAUGGCAAAUGCCUGGAAAAGAGACAAGAACCCGAAAUUCCUCACCCCUAAAGCCCUUUUCUCUCUUCUAUCACUUUCUCUUCUCCUCCUAUUCUCCUUCUUUUUCCUCUCCACUCGUUCUUCAACUCAGAACCUCGCCCCGGAUCUCGCCAUCAAAACAUCUAUCCCCGUCCGCGCGAUCCCUUCAUUUGAUUGCUUCAAAUGUCCCCAAUCUCAUCCCAUAAUCGCCAACAUGGUCGAAAACCUUAAGUACCCAUUUAUCUAUUCUCUAGCUGAUUUGGGUAACUUGCCAGAAAAGCCACACAAGAACAUUGUGAGGAUGCUCAAAGGGAAGCCUUUUCGGAAGCCAGACAUCUCGGCGACAAUACAGGAGGUUCUCGAAGGAAUGAGAAUAAAAGGAAGAGAUGGGUACGUUGUGGAUGUCGGUGCCAAUGUGGGAAUGGCGAGUUUUGCAGCGGCAGUUAUGGGGUUUCAAGUUCUAGCUUUCGAGCCGGUUUUUGAGAAUCUUCAGAGGAUUUGCGACGGGAUUUGGUUUAAUAGAAUUGGGGAUUUGCUUACUGUGUUUGAAGCCGCAGCCUCUGAUCAAAAUGGGAACAUAACUUUCCAUAAGUUAGUUGGUCGGCUUGAUAAUAGUGCUGUAUCAGCCACUGGUGCAAAAUUAGCAUUCAAGUCUAAUGAAGAAGUAGCACUUCAAGUCAGGUCUAUUCCUCUUGAUGACGUACUCCUCGAGUCAGAAUCCGUGCUUUUGCUUAAGAUAGAUGUUCAGGGUUGGGAAUAUCAUGUGUUGAAAGGUGCUAAAAAGUUGCUCUCAAGACAGAAAAAUGAAGCACCAUACUUAAUCUAUGAGGAAGAUGAGCGAUUACUGCAAGCAAGCAAUAGCAGUGCCAAAGAAAUCCGAGAUUUUCUUCAUAGUGUGGGUUAUAGUCAUUGCACACAGCAUGGUACAGAUGCCCACUGCACCAAGGACUGAUGAAAGUAUCUGAUCCUUGCCAAGGGAAACAGACCCUAAAAGUGUGAAACCAAAACUUUAAAGGCAUGGCCAGUCUCAACUCCGUAGUUGAUUCUUGUGGUUUGAGCUCCAAACUGCUUAAAGCAAUUGUUCCUAGGAACUGAUUAUAGCUGUACUUGGAUGAAGUUGUGGGGUUUGAGUCAAAAUAACGAUUUUUUGUUUCUUCACUGAUGAUCAAAUGUGUAUUAUCUAGCUUUUAGCUUUCUCAGGCCGAAAUUUGGCACGUGUUGAUGUGAUUUUAUAAUACAUUUGCUUUAGAUUUUGCAGCUAGCAGCUGAUGGAUGCUUUCCUUUUUUUGUAGAUAUAAGACCAGAAAUGCUCAUUUCUUAUGUAAAGCAUAUUUUUUCA